UCGAAGCAGCACCACAUUACCAGAGUAAUCGACAGCCAGUAGCACCUAGGAGCACCUGGAGCAGUGACAAAACUCGAAACGGAUAUAGCCGAACUAAGCCGCCCGAAAAUGCAGUCCAGUUGUGUGUUAGUGGUCCUCUUGGGCCUAGCUGCCCUGGUCGCCGCUCGUCCAGAGCCGCCUCGUGACUCGUACAGUGCGCCCCCCUCCAGCAGCUACCAGCCCAGUGGACCCAGCGGGGGCUACGGCGCCCCUGCGCCCCAGUAUGGACCCCCCCAGCAGGCGCCGGUGGUCCACAAGCACGUCUACGUCCACGUUCCCCCACCAGAGCCGGAAUACCAGGCACCCAGGAAACCCCUGUACGUGCCACCCCCGCAGAAGCACUACAAGAUCGUGUUCAUCAAGGCGCCAUCUCCACCUGCCCCGACCGCCCCUGUAAUCCCACAGUUCCCACAGAACGAGGAGAAGACCCUGGUGUACGUGCUAGUCAAGAAGCCGGAGGAGCAGCCGGAGAUCAUCAUCCCAACGCCAGCUCCCACCCAGCCCAGCAAGCCGGAGGUGUACUUCAUCCGCUACAAGACCCAGAAGGAGGAGACCGGACCCUAUCCCAACAGUGUGGCGCCUCCAGCACCCGAGUACGGAGCACCAGCUGCCCCGCCCGCACCCUCUGCUCCCAGCAGCCCGUAUGGGGCACCAUCCCACUAA